AAUGUACACAGCAGCUUCUGUGCGCUUUACAAGUUAAAUAAAAGAGGUUUUCCCCGGACCCGCGCGUAAAUGAGCCGGUACACAGCGCGUGAGAGUCCGCGCGCGGUCACAGAACGAUAUUAAACGUUUCCAAUGUCUAUUACAUGACGACACAUGUGCGCGUCUUUGUCAUGCAGGGGGCGUGUACGCGUGUUACAUAAAAGGGACUAAAGUGUGCGCAGACAUGUCCAUGGCGCCGUGAUCCUCCGCACAUCCACGGAACCGAGCCAAAAGAAGCGAGGACAGGACACAACCCGCGGUGCACAGGACAGCUCCGAUUAUGGCUGCCCUGCUGAGGAUCGGAUGUCUGGGCUGCAUCAAGUCUGUUCGGGCUCAGGGUCCGUUGACCCUUCGGGCUCCUGCAGCCGUCGCCUUCAGCUCCAAGUCUGGAGGCUCCAAGAAAAUCAAGAAAACCAACAAAGAUCCGUCUAAAACGUACUUCGACAUCGAGAAGCUCGUCCAACAUAAAUCUUAUGAAGCUCCUAAAGCGUCUCACGUGGCGGCGUCAGCGGCGGCGACCGAGGCCGUCAAACCCAUCCUCCAGUCUGUGGCCGCCGCCGCACCUGCCGCCGAGGCAGCACCUGUCAUAGAAGCAGCGCCUGUCGCAGAAGCAGCGCCUGUCGCAGAAAGCAGCGCCUGUCGCAGAAGCAGCGCCUGUCGCAGAAACAGCACCGCCAGAAGCUGCACCGCCGCAGAAGCUGCACCCGCCGCAGAAGCUGCACCCGCCGCAGAAGCUGCACCCGCCGCAGAAGCUGCACCCGCCGCAGAAGCAGCUCCUGCUGCUGAGACGGCACCUGUCGUAGAAGCAGUACCUGAACCUGUCACAGAAGCUGCACCUGCUGCUGAGGCAGCCCCUGUCAUAGAAGCCACACCUGCCGCCGAGGCAGCACCUGCACCUGUCGCCGAGGCGGCGGCUGCACCUGUGGCAGAGGCGGCGGCUGCACCUGUGGCAGAGGCGGUCGUAGAGGAGGUGGUGGUUGAACCUCCUCAGGUCCCUGAGCCGGCGGUGGAACCGGCCCCGGUGCUGGAGGCGUCGGAGGUGGUGGUGGAGGCGGCGGAGGCCGUGGUGGAGAGCGUCUCUGAGGUGGUGGUGGAGGCGGCUCCCGUGGUGGAGGCCGUGGCCGAGCUGGUGGUGGAGGCCGCCCCGGUUUUAGAGGUCGCCGCUGCCGCCGCGGUCCCCGGGGUCCAGGCCGUAGCUCAGGCCGUCUCGAAGGCCGCGCCUGUGCUGGACGAUGUGGUCGAGACUGUGGCCGAAUCAUUAGUUGAAACUAAAGCUGAGGCAGCUCCUGAAGCAGCUGAAGCAGCAGCAGAGGCAGCUGCAGAGGCCGCCCCGGCAGAACCUGAAGCUGCUCCAGCGGAGGCCGCCCCAGCAGAAGCUGUAGCUGCCCCAGUGGAAGCAGAGGCCGCCCCGGUGGAGGCCGCCGCAGAAGAGGCUGCCCCGGCAGAGGCAGAAGCCGCCCCAGCAGAAGCUGAGCCCGCCCCGGUGGAGGCCGCCGCAGAAGAGGCUGCUCCAGCAGAAGCUGAGGCCGCCCCGGCAGAAGCAGAGGUGGUGGUGGACGUGGCUCCUGCUGUAGAUGCCGCUGAAGAGCUGGUGGACUCUGCACCAGUCGUGUCUGAAGAACCUGCAGAGGAGAUUCCAGUGGAACCGUUUGAGGCUCCGAUCGAUCCAGUUCAGAAGCUCUUCCUGGACGCAAUCCGAAGUUAUUCCUCCCAAAGCCAGGCCGGCGGGGGUCUGGUGGAGGCGGGGGCCGACUAUGACAAAGCCUUGGCCGAGGAGAUCGCGAAACUCCAGAGGCUCUACGGAGGAGGAGACCUCACCGCCUUCCCCACGUUCAAGUUCUCAGAACCGAAGUUUGACUGAGGACUUCGGUGUGGUCGGGAGCGUCUCGCCGUCGGGAGCGUCUCGCUGUCGGGAGCGUCUCGCCGUCGGGAGCGUCUCGUCGUCAGCUCGUGCUCCUGCCUCAUGUACAGUGCUGUGUGUCUGUGUGGAGACCAGAAGGGGGCGCUGCUGCUUUCUUUCACUGUAGGACUAAUCUUGAAUAAAAGUGUCUGAGAGAAGAAUCUGUGUGGUUCAU